GUGAUGAGCUGACAGGCUGACAGAAACCAUUAACUUCACAUUUCAAUCCCAGUUUUCUUGUACAGCCACUGGGGGAGAGGCCCAUCCAUAUGUAGGCAGUGAGUACAGCAGGCAAGACAGAAAAAAAUAGGUUGAAAAGAACCAAAAAAGAAGGUGUGGUUUCUCGAAUUCUAACACUUAAAAAGGAAUCACCGGGACCUAAAUUUGCGAGGUGAUACAGCGGUGUAAACUUGUAGAACAAUGAAAUGGGAAUGACUUCUGGGCUUUAAGAAAUUACAAGGAGAAAAGCUCAUGAGGAGAUUUGUUUUAAAAAACUGACCUAUUAGUCCACAUCUGGACAUCCACCAUGCUUCGAGCCUUUGUUCAGCCUGCUGCGCCUGCAUACCAGCCGCUUCCCAGGCACCCUUCUGCCGAGUCAGAGGUGAAGUUUAAGGGCACUUUGGUGCAUGAAGCUCAACUCAACUGUUUCUACAUCCCUCCUGGAGGUUCCAACUAUGGGAGCCCGCGCGCAGCUCACGCCAACAUGAAUGCCAAUGCGGCUGCGGGGCUCGCCCCCGAGCACAUCCCAACGCCCGGGGCAGCCUUGUCCUGGCAGGCAGCCAUCGACGCGGCCCGGCAGGCUAAGCUGAUGGGCAGCGCUGGUAAUGCAACCAUCUCCACCAUCAGCUCCACACAGCGGAAGCGGCAGCAAUAUGGGAAACCCAAGAAGCAGGGCAGCACGACCGCCACACGCCCGCCCCGUGCCCUGCUCUGCCUGACUCUGAAGAACCCCAUCAGGAGGGCGUGCAUCAGCAUCGUCGAAUGGAAACCAUUUGAAAUAAUUAUUUUACUGACUAUUUUUGCCAAUUGUGUGGCCUUAGCGAUCUAUAUUCCCUUUCCAGAAGAUGACUCCAAUGCCACCAAUUCCAACCUGGAACGAGUGGAAUAUCUCUUCCUCAUAAUUUUUACUGUGGAAGCAUUUUUAAAAGUAAUAGCCUAUGGACUUCUCUUUCACCCCAACGCUUACCUCCGCAAUGGCUGGAAUUUACUAGAUUUUAUAAUUGUGGUUGUAGGGCUUUUUAGUGCAAUUUUAGAACAAGCCACCAAAGCCGACGGUGCAAAUGCUCUAGGAGGGAAAGGAGCUGGAUUUGAUGUGAAGGCACUGAGGGCAUUCCGCGUGCUGCGCCCCUUGCGGCUGGUGUCUGGAGUCCCAAGUCUCCAAGUCGUUCUGAAUUCCAUUAUCAAGGCCAUGGUCCCCCUGCUGCAUAUUGCCCUGUUAGUGCUAUUUGUCAUCAUCAUCUAUGCUAUCAUUGGCCUGGAGCUCUUCAUGGGAAAGAUGCAUAAGACCUGCUACAACCAGGAGGGCAUAGCAGAUGUUCCAGCAGAAGAUGAUCCUUCCCCUUGUGCUCUGGAGACUGGCCAUGGGCGGCAGUGCCAGAAUGGCACUGUGUGCAAGCCUGGCUGGGACGGGCCCAAGCACGGCAUCACCAACUUUGACAAUUUUGCCUUCGCCAUGUUGACAGUGUUCCAGUGCAUCACCAUGGAGGGCUGGACAGAUGUGCUAUACUGGAUGCAGGACGCUAUGGGCUAUGAGUUACCCUGGGUGUAUUUUGUCAGUCUGGUCAUCUUUGGAUCCUUUUUCGUUCUAAAUCUGGUUCUCGGUGUGUUGAGCGGAGAGUUUUCCAAAGAGAGAGAGAAGGCCAAGGCUCGGGGAGACUUCCAGAAGCUGCGAGAGAAGCAGCAGCUGGAAGAGGACCUGAAGGGCUACCUGGACUGGAUCACCCAGGCAGAGGACAUCGACCCUGAGAACGAGGACGAAGGCAUGGAUGAGGAGAAGCCCCGAAACAGAAGCACUCCAGCGGGCUUGCUUGAUCAGAAGAAAGGGAAGUUUGCUUGGUUUAGUCACUCCACAGAAACCCAUGUGAGCAUGCCCACAAGUGAGACCGAGUCUGUCAACACCGAAAACGUGGCUGGAGGUGACAUCGAGGGAGAGAACUGCGGGGCCAGGCUGGCCCAUCGGAUUUCCAAAUCAAAGUUCAGCCGCUACUGGCGUCGGUGGAAUCGGUUCUGCAGAAGAAAGUGUCGUGCUGCAGUCAAGUCUAAUGUCUUCUACUGGCUUGUGAUCUUCCUGGUGUUCCUCAACACACUCACCAUCGCCUCAGAACAUUACAACCAGCCCCACUGGCUCACGGAGGUCCAAGACACAGCCAACAAGGCACUACUGGCCCUUUUCACUGCGGAGAUGCUGCUAAAGAUGUACAGCCUGGGCCUGCAGGCCUACUUUGUGUCCCUCUUCAACCGCUUUGACUGCUUCAUCGUGUGUGGGGGCAUUCUGGAGACCAUCCUUGUGGAGACCAAGAUCAUGUCUCCCUUGGGCAUCUCUGUGCUGAGAUGUGUCCGGCUACUGCGGAUAUUUAAAAUCACAAGGUACUGGAACUCCUUAAGCAACCUGGUGGCAUCCUUGCUGAAUUCUGUGCGCUCCAUUGCCUCCCUGCUGCUACUCCUCUUCCUCUUCAUCAUCAUCUUCUCCCUCCUGGGGAUGCAGCUCUUUGGAGGAAAGUUCAACUUUGAUGAGAUGCAGACUCGGAGGAGCACAUUUGAUAACUUUCCUCAGUCCCUACUCACCGUGUUUCAGAUCCUGACCGGGGAGGACUGGAAUUCGGUGAUGUAUGAUGGGAUCAUGGCUUAUGGCGGCCCCUCUUUUCCAGGGAUGUUAGUCUGUAUUUACUUCAUCAUCCUCUUCAUCUGUGGAAACUAUAUCCUACUGAAUGUGUUCUUGGCCAUUGCUGUGGACAACCUGGCUGAUGCUGAGAGCCUCACAUCUGCCCAAAAGGAGGAGGAAGAAGAGAAGGAGAGAAAGAAGCUGGCCAGGACUGCCAGCCCAGAGAAAAAGCAAGAGAUAAUGGAAAAGCCAGCUGUGGAGGAAACCAAGGAGGAGAAAAUUGAGCUGAAAUCCAUUACAGCUGAUGGAGAGUCCCCACCCACCACCAAGAUCAACAUGGAUGACCUCCAGCCCAAUGAAAAUGAAGAUAAGGGUCCCUACCCCAACCCAGAAAAUACAGGAGAAGACGAUGAAGAGGAGCCUGAGAUGCCUGUGGGCCCCCGCCCACGACCACUCUCUGAGCUGCACCUUAAGGAAAAGGCAGUGCCCAUGCCAGAAGCCAGUGCAUUUUUCAUCUUCAGCCCCAACAACAGAUUUCGCCUCCAGUGCCACCGCAUUGUCAAUGACACGAUCUUCACCAACCUGAUCCUCUUCUUCAUUCUGCUCAGCAGCAUUUCCCUGGCAGCUGAGGACCCUGUCCAGCACACCUCCUUCAGGAACCAUAUUCUGUUUUAUUUUGACAUUGUUUUCACUACCAUUUUCACCAUUGAAAUUGCUCUGAAGAUCCUAGGCAAUGCAGACUAUGUCUUCACUAGUAUCUUUACAUUAGAAAUUAUCCUUAAGAUGACUGCUUAUGGGGCUUUCCUACACAAGGGCUCUUUCUGCCGGAACUACUUCAACAUCUUGGACCUGCUGGUGGUCAGCGUGUCCCUCAUCUCCUUUGGCAUCCAGUCCAGUGCAAUUAAUGUGGUGAAGAUCUUGCGAGUUCUGCGAGUCCUCAGGCCCCUGAGGGCCAUCAACAGGGCCAAGGGGCUAAAGCACGUGGUCCAGUGCGUGUUUGUCGCCAUCCGGACCAUAGGGAAUAUCGUGAUUGUCACCACGCUGCUCCAGUUCAUGUUCGCCUGCAUCGGGGUCCAGCUUUUCAAGGGAAAGCUCUACACCUGUUCAGAUAGUUCCAAGCAGACCGAGGCGGAAUGCAAGGGUAACUACAUCACAUACAAGGAUGGGGAAGUUGACCACCCCAUCAUCCAGCCUCGCAGCUGGGAAAACAGCAAGUUUGACUUUGACAAUGUUCUGGCAGCCAUGAUGGCGCUCUUUACCGUCUCCACCUUUGAGGGGUGGCCAGAGCUGCUGUACCGCUCCAUCGACUCCCACACAGAAGACAAGGGCCCCAUCUACAACUACCGUGUGGAGAUCUCCAUCUUUUUCAUCAUCUACAUCAUCAUCAUUGCCUUCUUCAUGAUGAACAUCUUCGUGGGUUUUGUCAUCGUCACCUUCCAGGAGCAGGGGGAGCAGGAAUACAAGAACUGUGAACUGGACAAGAACCAGCGACAGUGUGUGGAAUAUGCCCUCAAGGCCCGGCCCCUGCGGAGGUACAUCCCCAAAAACCAGCACCAGUACAAAGUGUGGUACGUGGUCAACUCCACCUACUUUGAAUACCUGAUGUUCGUCCUCAUCCUGCUCAACACCAUCUGCUUGGCAAUGCAGCACUAUGGCCAGAGCUGCCUAUUCAAAAUCGCCAUGAACAUCCUCAACAUGCUCUUCACUGGCCUCUUCACUGUGGAGAUGAUUCUGAAGCUCAUUGCCUUCAAACCCAAGGGUUACUUUAGUGAUCCCUGGAAUGUUUUUGACUUCCUCAUCGUAAUUGGCAGCAUAAUUGACGUCAUUCUCAGUGAAACUAAUCACUAUUUCUGUGAUGCAUGGAAUACAUUUGACGCCUUGAUUGUUGUGGGUAGCAUUGUUGAUAUAGCAAUCACCGAGGUAAACCCAGCUGAACAUACCCAAUGCUCUCCCUUUAUGAACGCAGAGGAGAACUCCCGCAUCUCCAUCACCUUCUUCCGCCUCUUCCGGGUCAUGCGCCUGGUCAAGCUGCUAAGCCGUGGGGAGGGCAUCCGGACCCUGCUGUGGACCUUCAUCAAGUCCUUCCAGGCUUUGCCCUAUGUGGCCCUUCUGAUAGUGAUGCUGUUCUUCAUCUACGCAGUGAUCGGGAUGCAGGUGUUUGGGAAAAUUGCCCUGAAUGACACCACAGAGAUCAACCGGAACAACAACUUUCAGACCUUCCCCCAAGCUGUGCUCCUUCUCUUCAGGUGUGCCACAGGGGAGGCAUGGCAAGACAUCAUGCUGGCCUGCAUGCCAGGGAAGAAGUGUGCCCCCGAGUCAGAGCCCAGCAACAGCACGGAAGGGGAAACGCCCUGUGGCAGCAGUUUUGCCGUCUUCUACUUCAUCAGCUUCUACAUGCUCUGUGCCUUCCUGAUCAUCAACCUCUUUGUAGCUGUCAUCAUGGACAACUUUGACUACCUGACAAGAGACUGGUCAAUCCUUGGUCCCCAUCAUCUGGAUGAAUUUAAAAGAAUCUGGGCAGAGUAUGAUCCUGAAGCUAAGGGUCGUAUCAAACACCUAGAUGUGGUGACCCUGCUCCGGCGGAUUCAGCCCCCACUGGGUUUUGGGAAGCUGUGCCCUCACCGCGUGGCUUGCAAACGCCUGGUCUCCAUGAACAUGCCUCUGAACAGUGAUGGGACUGUAAUGUUCAAUGCCACCCUGUUUGCCCUAGUCCGGACAGCCCUGCGGAUCAAAACAGAAGGGAACCUAGAACAAGCCAAUGAGGAGCUGCGGGCCAUAAUCAAGAAGAUCUGGAAGCGUACCAGCAUGAAGCUGCUAGACCAAGUGGUGCCCCCUGCAGGUGAUGAUGAGGUCACCGUUGGCAAGUUUUAUGCUACUUUCCUGAUCCAAGAGUACUUCCGGAAAUUCAAGAAGCGCAAAGAGCAGGGCCUUGUGGGCAAGCCUUCCCAAAGGAACGCCCUGUCCUUGCAGGCUGGCUUGCGCACGCUGCAUGACAUUGGGCCUGAGAUCCGACGGGCCAUCUCUGGAGAUCUGACAGCUGAGGAGGAGCUGGACAAGGCCAUGAAGGAGGCUGUGUCUGCUGCCUCCGAAGAUGACAUCUUCAGGAGGGCCGGUGGCCUGUUCGGCAACCACGUCAGCUACUACCAAAGCGACGGCCGGAGCGCCUUCCCCCAGACCUUCACCACCCAGCGCCCACUGCACAUCAACAAGGCGGGUAACAGCCAAGGCGACACCGAGUCGCCAUCCCACGAGAAACUGGUGGACUCCACCUUCACCCCCAGCAGCUACUCGUCCACUGGCUCCAACGCCAACAUCAACAAUGCCAACAACACUGCCCUGGGCCGCUUCCCCCGUCCCGCUGGCUACCCCAGCGCAGUCAGCACCGUGGAGGGCCAUGGGCCCCCCUUGUCUCCUGCUGUCCGGGUACAGGAGGCAGCAUGGAAGCUCAGCUCCAAGAGGAUACAUUGCUAUGAUGUGCUGGGACGGUGCCACUCCCGGGAGAGCCAGAUAGCCAUGGUGUGUCAGGAGGAGGUCUCUCAGGACGAGACCUAUGACGUGAAGAUAAGUGAAGACACUGAGUACUGCAGCGAGCCCAGCCUGAUCUCCACAGAGAUGCUCUCCUAUCAGGAUGAUGAAAAUCGGCAAUUAACACCACCGGAGGAGGACAAGAGAGAUAUCCGGCAAUCUCCAAAGAGGGGCUUCCUCCGCUCUGCCUCACUAGGUCGAAGGGCCUCCUUCCACCUGGAAUGUCUGAAGCGACAGAAGAAUCAAGGGGGAGACAUCUCUCAGAAGACAGUCCUGCCCUUGCAUCUGGUUCAUCAUCAGGCAUUGGCGGUGGCAGGCCUGAGCCCCCUCCUCCAGAGAAGCCAUUCCCCCAGCACAUCCCCCAGGCCCUGUGCCACCCCACCAGCCACUCCAGGCAGCCGAGGCUGGCCCCCACAGCCUAUCCCCACCCUGCGGCUGGAGGGUGCCGAAUCCAGCGAGAAACUCAACAGCAGCUUCCCGUCCAUCCACUGCAGCUCCUGGUCUGGGGAGCCCACACCCUGUGGUGGAGGUGGCAGCACCAUCCGGAGAGCCCGGCCAGUGUCCCUCACUGUACCUGGCCAGGCUGGGGCCCAGGGCAGGCAGUUCCACGGCAGUGCCAGCAGCCUGGUAGAAGCGGUCUUGAUUUCAGAAGGACUGGGGCAGUUUGCUCAAGAUCCCAAGUUUAUUGAGGUCACAACCCAGGAGCUGGCUGACGCCUGUGACAUGACCAUAGAGGAGAUGGAGAACGCCGCAGACAACAUCCUCAGUGGGGGCGCCCAGCAGAGCCCCAAUGGCACCCUACUACCUUUCGUUAACUGCAGGGACCCAGGGCAGGACAGAGCAGAGGGCCAAGAGGGCGAGACCUGCGCGCCCACCCUGGCGUGUCGGAAGAGCGAGGAGGAGCUCCAGGACAGCAGAGCCCACGUCGGCAGCCUGUAGUAGCUAGGGCUGGGGAGACGCUGGGUUUUUUAUUUGUUUCAAUGUUCCUAAUGGGUUCGUUUCAGAAGUGCCUCACUGUUCUCGUGACCUGGAGUUAACCGGAACAGCGUCUUCAUUCAUUUCGUUGGGACAAGACGCAGAGUUGGGUGGUGGUGGAGAGCCAGUUUUUCGGGGGCAUGGAAGGCAGCAAUCCCAGUUUGUGUUGUGUGCACAGAGGUAGAGUGGUGAGGAGGAGUGGAAGAAUCAGGGAGGGAGAGCAAGAGAAGAGACGCCUGCCCUCGCCUCCGGGCAUGAAAGAGAACCUCAGCUUCCUGCGGUAGCCCUCACCAAAAGGACCCUAUGUCAAACGGGUGUCAACUUUGCUUGUAAAAAAAAAAAAAAAAAAUCAUUUUGCACAUAUUCUGUAUGAGCCUCACUGUCUCCAUAGAGCCAGGGCCCUGUGGAUUUGCAGAAGGAAGCAGGGGUAGGACUUCAGCGAGGACCCAGCCCCAUCCCAGAGAGGGAGGAGGAACAGCAGGAGGCUGCAGGAGCUCGGGAACCCUGAGCGGCUGGCGAGGGGUGCGUGGCAGCCUCACCGCCGAGGCCCGGCCAUGCCCACUCGUCUGCGUCAGGCUCACCUUACCUGCCCUGUGCUCCCAGCUCCAGAAUGGCGGCUGGGCCUGCGUUGGCGGGGAGGGGCAGCUGGCGCUGCCUGCCAGGGAAGGGGCAGCCAGUUCUUGACGCGACGAGGUGGUGCUGAGCUUCUGUUGAGCGCUCUUUUGUUUUGUGAUUUGACAUAUUUCUUGAUAGCAUGUUGCAGUUUUCGUUUUUUUGGUUUUUAUUUUCAUUUUGUUUUCCCAGGGGGAGGGGAGGAAGAAGUGUUUACAAAGCUUUGUAGCCACCCACCUUACUGUUUUCACUUUUGCAAAUGUAAAUCGGGUUUGGUUUUACUGUAUUAUUUAAACGAUUGUGGUUUUCUUUUUCUACGGUGGGUUCUGUGGAGCCGCUGUAGUCCGAGUUUUACCAGCCAUUGUGUAUGCGCAAUAAUUUGUUAUAAUUUCCGUAGGUAGUAACAAUUUUUUGGGUUUGGUUUUAUAAUUUAAAGUAAUGCACUUGAUGUGGUCUUGCA